AUGGAUUCGUGCUCAUUGACUACGAGCUCUAUACCUUACAUCACAUUCAACUUACAGAACUUAUGGCCGUCGAAGAGUCACCGGAAAAAACUCCGGCACCGUCCACUAUUCGUCGUAAUCUCUUGUUCCUCAACCAAAGAUAUAUGGCGGAAGACACCAAAGUCCAGAAUUCUAAGGCCGUCGUCAUCUUUUCCCCAACCUUAUCGUCGAAACCCCGAAGUAGGUCACUUAGACCACAGUGUCGACAUGGAUGAACUCGUAUCAUCGAUUAAUCAAACAACAAGUGAGCACGAACUGUUUGCUUUGUUGUCCCCUUACAAAAGCCGGCAACUUUCCAUACGGUUCAUGGUGACCGUCCUUUCCCGUGAAACCGAUUGGCAACGAUCACUUGCGCUGCUCGAUUGGAUAAAUGAACAAGCUUUGUACACCCCUUCGGUGUACGCGUACAACGUGGUUUUGCGUAAUGUGCUUCGAGCAAAGCAAUGGGAGAUUGCCUAUGGACUGUUCGACGAAAUGCGCCAAAGAGCUCUUUCACCUGAUAGGUAUACUUAUUCUACUUUAAUUACGCAUUUUGGGAAAGAGGGUAAGUUUGAUGACGCAUUGUCUUGGCUUCAGAAGAUGGAACAUGAUCAUGUAUCUGGUGAUCUGGUACUGUAUAGCAAUCUAAUUGAAUUAUCUCGUAAGCUAUGUGAUUAUUCCAAGGCUAUAUCAAUAUUCUCUAGAUUGAAGCAAUCCGGCAUUUGCCCUGAUCUCGUUGCCUAUAAUUCGAUGAUUAACGUUUUCGGGAAAGCCAAGUUAUUUCGUGAAGCACAGGUGCUCAUUCAAGAGAUGAGAUCAGUUGGGGUUAAGCCUGAUACAGUUAGCUAUUCGACACUAUUAAGCACGUAUGCCGAAAAUCAAAAGUAUCUAGAGUCUUUAUCAGUGUUUUCUGAGAUGAAAGAAGUGAAUUGUUUGCCUGACCUUACAACUUGCAAUAUCAUGAUAGAUGUAUAUGGUCAACUUGAUAUGGCCAAAGAAGCCGAUCGGUUGUUUUGGAGCAUGAGAAAGAUGGGGAUCGAACCCAAUGUGGUCAGUUACAAUACCCUCUUGAGAGUGUACGGUGAAGCCGAGCUUUUUGGAGAAGCCAUACAUUUGUUUAGAUUGAUGCAGAGAAAAGACAUCGAUCAAAAUGUUGUUACUUAUAACACCAUGAUCAAGAUUUACGGCAAGACUCUUGAACACGAGAAAGCUAAUAAUCUUAUUCAAGAAAUGCAAAACAGAGGGAUAGAACCGAAUGCCAUAACGUACUCCACGAUUAUAUCUAUAUGGGAUAAGGCUGGGAAGUUAGAUCGAGCUGCAACUCUGUUCCAAAAGUUGCGAAGCUCUGGUAUUGAGAUCGAUCAGGUUCUUUAUCAGACCAUGAUUGUGGCUUACGAGCGAGCUGGUUUAGUGGGUCAUGCAAAACGAUUACUUCAAGAACUUAAACGCCCAGAUAACAUCCCACGAGCAACAGCAAUUAUGAUUCUUGCUGGAGCUGGGCGUGUAGAAGAGGCCACAUGGGUUUUUCGUCAGGCUUAUAACGCAGGCCAGGUUAAGGACAUAUCAGUAUACGGAUGUAUGAUUGAUCUCUUUUCAAGACACCGAAAGCAUGCCAGUGUGAUUGAGGUGUUCGAUAAGAUGAGACAAGCCGGGUAUUUUCCGGAUUCUAAUGCGAUCGGUCUUGUCCUAAAUGCAUACGGGAAGUUGCGGGAUUUCGAGAAGGCCGACAGUAUAUACGUGGAGAUGCAGGAUGAAGGGUGUGUUUUUCCAGAUGAAGUUCACUUUCAAAUGGUGAGUAUUUAUGGUGCAAAAGGGGAUUUUGAGAGGAUGGAGUCAUUAUUCGAGAGAUUAGAUGGUGAUCCGAAUAUCAACAAGAAGGAAUUGCAUCUUGUUGUUGCUAGUAUUUACGAAAGGGCGAAUAGAUUAAAAGAUGCGUCUCGAAUUGUGGAUAGAUUGAAAGAUAUUGGACUUUUGAGAUCGUAAUUUAUGAUGAGAGGUACCAAAUACCAUGACCUUUUGAUUUUAA